AUGCACAUAUUGUUGAAAUGGGCCAUCGACAAUAACUAUCUCCGGCUCAUCAAGGACGCCAUUGCCCUUGGUGGACUAACCGUCCAAACCGCUUCCAGAUACCUCCUCCCCAGCGCUGUCGGGGUAGGUGAUCUGGAACUACUAAAAUUGCUUUUGCACACUGCUCAUGGCCCUAACUUUUCUUCACGAUAUUUGGACAGGGCACUCGCAGUGGCUAUUAACAAUAUCGAUGGCCCCAUGGUUGAUCUAUUGUUAAAGAAUGGGGCCAACGCUACCAGAUUAUCCUUUGACGGCGAAUUACCCAUAAGGCAGGCAUUGAAAUUAAACAAUGGUGACAGGAUUGUGAGAAGUCUUUUGGAAUCUGGCGCGGACAUCCGUCGCAUGUCGAUCUCACAUUCUAUUCUUCUUUAUGCUAGAACUACGGCAUCUGCAAAGCUACUGCUAGAGGCUGGUGCUCCAGUGAAAUUCGCAGGCAGAAUGUGGUUUACCCCUCUUCAGCAAGCAGCUAUCAGAAAUGAUCUAGAUAUGGUCACCCUGCUGUUGGGAGCUGGGGCAGACCCGAACUUGGUUUGUGACGAUGCCAGAGACCUAUUAUUACCCAAUAGCUGUGUUGCAGGGAACGGCCACAUGCUUGAUGGUAUCUCAAUUGCACUAAUCUCGCCACUCAUGUUCGCAAGGGGACAUGGAAACUUCGAUAUGGCUCGUUGUCCUGUGGAUGCCGGGGCUACAGCUGAUGGCCCCAUGGCUAAUCAUCAUAAAGGGGAAAACCCUAGACUAUGUCCAAUUUCCCAAUGGAAUACCGUCUACUUAUACAUGCUAAGAUGGUGGGGAGUUGCCAGGUCCAUCAAAGACGUGCUUCCGCAAUUUCCUGGAGCGGUGGAUUGUGGCAAGAUAUGCGAGAUCCUGGAAGCACUCUCACAAUCAGCAGUGAACAUAUAUUCAUUUGCGCGUGAUUGGCAUCUGGAUGGCACGGCACUACAGGCUGCAAUAGAGAUCAAUGACUGUGUCCUCGCCGAUGCACUCACAGAAGAUUGGUUUGACGUGAACAAGACACCAUGCUCUUACCCGAUCUUACCAGCUCUACAAACAGCGUCACUCAACGGCAACAAUAGUCUGCUCAGAUUGCUAGUUCGGCGUGGAGGCGACAUUCAUGCUCAACCUGCAGUAAGAGGACUCACUUGCCUACAGGCUGCAGCGAUUUCAGGAAGCCAAGAACUCGUCGAGCAGCUUUUGCAAAUGGGCGCCCGAGUCGACGAUUACCAGAGUGGAAAUGACACGACCGUUCUCCAAGCGGCUGUCAUAAGUGGCAGUAUAGGGACUGUGCAGACAGUUCUUCAUGCUGGAGCAGACGUCAACGACAGCCGAGGUGUCUGCUCUGCCCUUUACCACGCCGCCUAUGGUCAAGAUCCUGAAAUGUGUGCUUUUCUCUUACGCAAGGGCGCUUUGGUAGACCAAGAGGACAGAGACAGCCCAUUGCUUGCUGCAAUAUUUCGAGGCUCGCACGAGAUGGCCAACCUUCUCUUGGAAGCUCGAGGCAAUCCCAACAGUUGUACUCGAUUACUACAGCACAAAUGGAGCGAGUCAAGCGUGCCGCAUCUUCGUUAUGAAGAAGAAGACGAAAACGACGUACAAUUAUGGACUCCGCUAGCAGCUGCUUGUUACUGGAGUGACAUCGCCAUGAUUGAGCUGCUUUUGCAGUAUGGAGCUAAACUGCACAAAGGGACGAAAUGUCAGUUCUCUCCCAUUGAGGCUUCAGUUUGCCGAAAUGACUUCAGUUACGACCUUUUUCAGUUUAUACUUCACCUAAGAGUGAGAAACUUAGGAGGUCUAAGCUGGCACGAUCGGGAAUCGUUGGCCAGUUGUGCAGUUCCGACGAACGUGCCAUGCGAAGUUGUUCAACAGAUGGUCACUUUGAAUCUCCUCACAGAGGUUAGUCGAGGAAAGACCCUUGUCCUUGCAGCGAAAAAAGGGCUUUUGGAGAGGGUCAGGAUAUUGGUAAGAGCCGGUGUAGACAUUCACCUUGACACAGCAAACAUCGGUGGCGCAGCCUUAAAGUUGCAUGUCAGGAAGGCCAUCUCGACGUUGCUGAAUAUCUCCUUGCUGAAGGGAUUGGCUGUCGCAUUUGGUAUGAGUCGCAAAACCACGCAGGCGAAUUGGAAGAUGCCUUGA